AUGCAUCGUGCAUACGACGGCCGCGCAGGCUCUCGAGGCAGUCACAGCAAUAGCAGUGCCUUCAGUCCUAACGCCAACGCCAAUGAAGACUGGACCAAAAUCUCCGAUUUGGCCGAGCGUCGACGCAUUCAGAACCGCAUCGCUCAGCGCAACUACCGUAAGAACCCGUUCUCGAGGUCUACUUCAUGGGCUAACCCAGAGAUAGGCAAGAAAUUGAAGCGUCGCCUGGAGGAUCUUGAGAGACGAGCUGCCACCUCUGCCUCCCCAGAACAGUCUCAUGAAGAGCCCGUGUCUCCCAAGCCAUCACCCAGGACUCGAUCCAAGCAACGAGCCCCCAAGCCCGAUGUGAAGCCUCAUAUGCAAGAUCGAUCCGCCUACGACUACUAUACUCCCGAAGACCGAUCAGCCAUGUUCGCUCAACAAUGUACGCGACAACUGUCGGCUUCACCCCCACCCGUCUUCUCCUAUCCCGCCAUGUCGCCUUAUGAGACCUAUCGACAAACCUACCAACCCCCACUCUAUCACACUGCGCCAAACACAUAUAGCGAAAUCAGUUACCAAACAGAAUACGGCGAGCAAGUGCCUUCCCUUGUGCCUCUUCCAUCGAUGCAACGCAAACUCGCCUACGACGAGGACCUCAUCAGUCCCUUUAGCAUGAGCUAUGCCACAAUGGCUGGCAUCGAUAUAUGCCAACAGCAAGCACAUGCCCAGUCACAUCCAGAGGGUCUUCCGGUGCCAUCGCUUGGAUACAGCUACGGGGACCAGCGAGCGCCAUCGACCUCGCCAGAUGCCUCUAUCUUCACAUUCCCCCUCACACCAGAAUCUGUACCUUGUUCUCCUCGUACGAUGCCUUACGAAUAUGAUCUACGGUCGUGA